AUGCUAUGGAAAUUUGCCACGUUGUACCCGAAUUUGUUCUUUUUAUCCACUGCUUUUUACCAUUUACACCUUGAGACAACAAAUGUCCUGUCGUCUCCAUGGCGACGUCGACGACGUCGAAUCCAUCGAUCCAUACGAGAUUAUCAGAUACGUGACGUCUUGGGACGUCUUGUGGAUUACACGAGUGAUGCACCACUCGUGUUUAUUGUGAACGUGGAUCAGAUCCAUUGGAAUUUGUUCCGGGUGCAGCUGAAACCAACUCCAGAGCUUCAAUUGUUUGAACCAACUGGGAGAUUAGCAUUACGAUCGGGGAUUACGUACCGAUCUGUACCACGGAUAGUGAUCGAGUGGCUUAAUGUGUGCUAUCCACAGCAUAAAGGAUGGCUCGAAAGAACAGUGAGUGCCAUUACAAACAACCAACAAGUCAGUGGAUUUGAUUGUGGUGUAGCAUGUUUACUGUAUGCUGACAAGUGCGGACGCGGACAGAGUCGAGAUGAAAUCAACGAGGAGAUUGAUCAACAAGUUAUUACGUCUUUCCGAAAGCAGUUACAAUUACAACGUCGCACAAGUGAUGACGAGGUCGAUGCGUGA